CACAUCAUGAAGCUAUACGUGUUCCUGUCUCUAGUCACCACCGUGGUCUCACCGGAGCCCCAAGAAGCUCCACAAUCUGGUAUGUUAAGUUCAGAUGAGCUGGCGAAGCUCCAGAACGCAGUGAGUCCCGUGCUCGCAUCGACCAACCUUCUGGACAGUGACGAGUUCUUCGUGUGCGGCUCUAGGGUGCCCGGCAUGAACGGCCACUACGUGUUGCAGCCUCCCGACGUGGUGCAAUCCGAUCCAGACACGCCCGUAUUUUUCAGAGAAGAUGACGACAACGAAGCUCUCGAGACGGAUUUCCGUCUGUUCCGCCACAACGGCUUCUGGAUGAUCGCCGAUGUCGAGCCGUGGCCGCCUGUAACUCACUUCCGCUGCGACCCCACUAAGUCUCAAGUCAUCGGCGUUGACGUCACGGAAGUGUGCGGCUUGGGGCAGUCCACGCCGCCACGUAUCGGCUACUCACCUGCUGAUCCAAAGCUGGGCGACUUCUCUCUUACGCUACACCGCGACGCCUGCCAAGAAGUGCUACAGAUUGACACGAGCAACAACUACUCUCGCAAGGACGAGCUUUAACUGCAUAAUCUAAAGCUGCUUGGUGUUUAUUGUACGUGCUCUCAGUUCCACAUCACGGCAAGGUUUUGCUUCCUGAUGGCGAAGACGCAGGCCAACGGCAGGUGAUCGGACGGACAAGUUGCGUUGGGUAGCCGCCCAGAAGCACGUCCGAAGAUAUUAGGAAGCAUCGGAGCACACCACGUCCCCAUGUAGCUUGUGCCUGAUGUUGCGUCGUCCGUCCAGUCCUCGGGUUUGUGUUUGACCCACUCGACGUCCUCGACACUUACGGGUUCGCGAAUAUCUUGACCUGUUGAUUCUAGUUCCUCCAGUGUCGGCAAUUCAAGCAGUUGGAACGGCGUUAGCUGUCCCGCGGAGUGGAAGAUAUAGUCGAUUGUCCCCUGAAAGUUCUCACUGGAGAACGUGAGCUCGGGCUCACUCAAAUACUCCGCAUAGGCACCAUAGGCACUCUCCAUCAGCUCACUGUGCACGAUCAGACUGUCCCGGUCAGCUCGAGGUUGUAAUGUGGUGUAUCGUUUCGCCUCUGCGCAUUGGUCACUGCCACCCACAGCCUUGUCAACCGAAGACAACAAAGGCCGUGGACACGCGAUCACGUUGACGACCGGCUUCACGUCACUCGCGUAUCGCGGCGUACGCCCCGAACCGUAGGAGACAUCGUACGGCUUCACGUCUGGAGGAACAUCUGUAGCGAGGAACAAAGGCUCCCCGUCUGAAUCUGUAGUGGUAGGCCCUAACUUCUUGUACGCAGCAUGUUCUAACGUGCUUCCAGGAGCUGAAGGUUGGCUCCAAUAUCCCCAUCCGUACGCGUUGCGAGCCAUCACUCGAAACUGAACGGGAGUUGAAGGUGUCGUUGACGUUAAAGAUGGCUGGGGUGGCUCCCAUGAAAUACGUAGAGAUGAGGACGUCGGGUCGUCGAUCACCGGACGCCCUGGAGCUGCCGGCGCCUCAGGAACAGGUCGUCGCCGGCCUGUGAGAAUCGUAUGGUAGACGUCAUUACUUGGAACUGCGUUGAAGGUCCCAGCUAACAGGACGGGCAGCUGGAAAUCCGCGUUAAACACAGCAAUCUGGCGGCACAGAUACUCAGUCUGGAGCACGCGUACACGCUCCAACUCGGACGUGGCACCCGAUGCAAGUUGCGUGUUGACUACACAGAGCGCAGACGGUAACGUCGAGGUCUCCCACGGCUGCAAACACACCAUUAACGCGAUCUUGUCUUGCUUCGCUCUAGCUGCAAGAUUCGCGUCGUUGAUGUUGGCACAUAAGUCGUUCAAAUGCACCUCAGCGGACCGGAACAGCUGAAAAGUUGACUUCCUAAACGCUGUCACGAGACCUUCAUCGAUAUCCUUGGUCACGGUUGUUGAAUCUGACGCUGCAGACGUAGCGUAAAUACUAUCGUAGCCUGCAAUAGCGAGUUCUGCAGCCCACCAGUCGUCAUACUCAUCGACUUCCUGUAGCACAAAAGCGUACUUAAGUAAGUACAGAUCAUCGUUAAGGCAAAUGUUAAGCAUUUGUUGGUACCUGCAGACACAUGAUGUCGGCAUCAUAUGAAAGGAUCUCUCUGCAUUGAUAAUAGUGAGUUAAGAUCACAAACUCCAAUGUAGCUCGCUAGGAUCUCUAACCGU